AUCUUUGUCACUAGAGCCUCACAGCACAAGGAACCAACCAUGGCUAGUGCUAACUCUUUCACUUCUCUCCUUUUGAUAUCCUGUCUCUUACUAGCUGCUUGCUUUUCUGCCAUUGAAGCACAAACCAAACCUCCCAUCAAGAAUGGUCUGUCAUGGACAUUCUACAAAACUAGCUGUCCCAAAGCCGAAUCUAUUAUCAGAAGUGAGCUCAAGAAAAUCUUCAAGAAAGAUGUUGGCCAAGCUGCUGGCUUGCUUCGCCUCCACUUCCAUGACUGCUUUGUUCUGGGAUGUGACUCGUCGGUGCUGCUUGAUGGAUCAGCAGGUGGACCCAGCGAGAAGUCUGAACUUCCUAACUUGACUUUAAGAAAACAGGCUUUUAAAAUCGUCGAGGAUCUUCGAGCACGUCUUCACAAGGAGUGUGGCAGAGUCGUGUCUUGCUCUGACAUUGUUGCCAUCGCUGCUCGUGACUCCGUUGUCCUGACGGGCGGCCCUGAGUAUGCCAUCCCACUGGGAAGGAGAGACGGUGUAAAGUUUGCAGAGAUUAAUGCAACAUUUGAACACCUUGUAGGACCAACAGCCAAAGUUACUGAGAUUCUCACCAAGCUUGACAGGAAAGGCCUGGAUGCUACCGAUGCAGUUGCCCUUUCAGGUGGCCACACAAUCGGCAUUGGCCACUGCACUUCUUUCACUGAGCGUCUCUAUCCGAGUCAAGAUCCUACAAUGGACAAGACUUUUGCUAACAAUCUCAAGCUAACUUGUCCCAAACUAGACACCACCAACACUACCUUCUUGGACAUAAGGUCUCCUAACAAAUUCGACAACAAGUACUAUGUUGAUCUAAUGAACCGUCAAGGUCUGUUUACUUCGGAUCAAGAUUUGUACACGGACAAGAGGACAAGGAGCAUUGUUACUAGCUUUGCUAUUAACGAAUCUCUGUUCUUCGAGAAGUUUAUAAUUGGCAUGAUCAAGAUGGGGCAAUUAGAUGUGUUGACAGGAAACCAAGGGGAGAUUCGUGCUAACUGCUCGGCCAUUAAUCCCAAGAAGAAAUAUAUUGAGUCUGUCGCGGAAGAGGAAUUGGGUUCAUCGUCUGAGAUGAGAUAAACAAGUUCUGCUAAUUAACUAGGAACACGCUGAGGCAUGUUGGUUCUGUGUAUUUUAGGACUUGUUUUUGAGGUAACUUAAUGUUGUGAAUGCUGCUUCUUGCUAAUAAACUAGUUGGCCCUGUUGGGUCUGCUAAAUAAGUUUUGGAUAACAAAUUGUUAAUCAGAAGUUUAGCCCUAUAUAUCAAAAUGUUAUUGCUUUGGCUAA